AUGUACCGAACGAAUGCGAGAGUGGCUUCUCAUGUCAAUCGAAAAUCAAAGGAACUUCACAGGGAUUUUGCUGCUCAGAAAAAAGCAAGUUUCCGCUUUUCUACUACCUUUUUCGGCAAAUCGGCUUCAGUUUCUCAGACUGUGGAUUUAGGUGUGUGCAAGGACAAUGCCAAAUAUCUCGUGGAUGACGGUACGAAAAUGCCGAGAAUUUGCAUCCCGGGGCUUCUUAGUGCCUGUCCUGCUGGUUAUAGUUGUCAGCUACGGAUGCCAUUCUCAACCAGCGGAUACUGCUGUCAACUAAGCAGCAAUGUGGUCACAGAAGGUUGUCCUCCUGGCGAAUAUGCACUGACAAAUGGCAAGAAACUUGUUGAAUGUGACCCCUUCAAUGGAAUCACCUGUCCUUCCUCGUUUUCGUGCCAGUAUGCAGUCGCUUUCCAAAGAUAUCAGUGCUGUGGUAAUCAACCACCUGAAGAACAGCAGAAAAUUGAAAAGGAGCAUGGCUGUCCCUCUUCGCAAGUUGCAUUUCUCGAAAAAGGUAGACCAAUGGUGUGCACUUCCUCGGGAAGCAACUGUCCUUUCGGAUAUUUUUGCCAGUUCUCUGACAAAAAUAAGCAAUUCCAGUGUUGUGGACAUAAAGCAGGUUGCCCGAGAGAUUCUGUAGCCUUUUUGGAUCUGAAUGGAAAUCCCAUGACAUGUUCAUUGAAAGCAACUUUGUGCCCAUCAGGAUACAUAUGUCAGUUAACGGAAAUGGGAAACCACACUUGCUGCACUGGCAAUGCAACGACAGAAAUAGAGUCAACCUCGGAGAAGAUCUAUGGUGAACUUAUGAACGUUACCAAGCAUCUUAUAAGGAGAAAAGUAGCUAUCCCAAAGCCGAGCGAAGAAGUGAGUGCACUUGUAUCUUCACCUCCAAAAACCCCAUUGAUAGCUGGAGUUCCCAAUGAAACAGCAAACACG